ACUGCGCGCCACCACCGAACAUGCCCACUCCCGUUACCCGGAAGUAAGCAGAAUUCCCAAAGAUGGCGGAGCAAGGUCCAAUGGCGAUAGCUAUGCGGCUAAGAAAUCAACUACAGAACGUUUAUAAGCUUGAUCCUUUAAGAAACGAGGAAGAAGUAAAGAUAAAAAUCAAGGACCUGAAUGAACACAUUGUGUGCUACCUGUGUGCAGGAUAUUUCAUCGAUGCCACGACUAUUACCGAGUGUCUUCACACCUUCUGCAAGAGUUGCAUUGUGAAAUACCUCCAAACCAGCAAAUAUUGUCCAAUGUGUAACAUCAAAAUUCAUGAAACACAGCCCUUGCUAAAUCUUAAGUUGGACAGAGUAAUGCAAGACAUAGUUUACAAACUUGUUCCAGGUCUGCAGGAGAGUGAAGACAAGAGAAUCAGGGAAUUUUAUCAAUCAAGAGGUCUUGAGCGCAUCAUACAGCCAUUAGGGGAUGACUCAUUGCCAGAUAAUACAGGAUUACCGUACACCAGCUUUGAUCACUCUAAAGCGCAUUUUUACAGAUAUGAUGAACAAGUCUCACUAUGUCUUGAGAGACAAAGCUCAUCGUUAUCUGGAAAAGACAAAAAUAAGUUAACUUUACAGAAGUUUGUUCGCUGUUCUGUCCGAGCCGAGGUCCGACACCUGAGGAAAGUCCUGUGCCAUCGACUCAACGUGGAGAGACAUCAGGUCCAGAUGCUUUUUAAUAAUGAAUGUCUACCAGAUCACAUGACCAUGAAGCGUCUCUGGCUGUCACACUGGUUUGGAAAGGCUCAACCACUGGUUCUUCACUAUGCCAUCAAGGACAAGAGAGCAAGAUAGGAUAGUAAAAUAGUAUCUACUGGUGUACAUAUUUUGUAUUUCACAUAUUCUAUUUUAAUAGUUUUUUCUCUGCAUAUAUACUUAUUUUUGUUUUGUAUUU